AUGCCCGAUACCGUCGCCGUCGAUAAUGGAUUGGCCGUCGCGUUCCGAGCUUAUCUCCGAGGAGCGGUGCUUUCCGAGGAGUUAGCGGAAGGAGCGGGCUUCCUUCGCACGGACCCGAGCACCGCCUUCCUGCGGGCGGCGCGUGCCGGGCAGCUGGAGAAGGUGCUGGAGCUGCUGGACAACGGCGUCGAGAUCAACGCGGCCAAUGCGAACGGGCUGAACGCGCUGCACCUGUCGGCGAAGGACGGCCACCUGGACAUCGCGGCGGAGCUCCUGCGCCGCGGCGCCGCCGUCGACGCCUCCACCAAGAAGGGCAACACGGCGCUGCACAUCGCCUCGCUCGCGGGGCAGGAGGAGGUGGUGAAGCUGCUGGUGAAGAACGGCGCCGCUGUGAACGCGCAGUCGCAGAAUGGCUUCACGCCGCUGUACAUGGCGGCGCAGGAGAACCACGACGGCGUGGUGCGCUUCCUGCUGGGCAAGGGCGCCAACCAGAGCCUGGCCACGGAGGAUGGUUUCACACCUUUAGCAGUAGCCAUGCAGCAAGGACAUGAUAAAGUAGUUGCAGUUCUGUUAGAAAAUGAUACAAGAGGAAAGGUUCGCUUGCCUGCACUUCACAUUGCUGCAAAGAAAGAUGACUGCAAAGCAGCUGCUCUUCUUUUACAGAAUGAUCACAAUCCUGAUGUAACUUCAAAGAGUGGAUUUACACCUUUACAUAUUGCUGCACAUUAUGGAAAUGAAAAUAUUGCCAAUUUGCUAUAUGAUAAGGGUGCUGAUGUGAAUUACGCUGCCAAGCACAAUAUUACUCCACUUCAUGUAGCAUGCAAAUGGGGAAAAAUCAAUAUGGUGUGUCUCUUAAUCAGCAAGAAUGCCAACAUUGAUGCCAAGACUCGUGAUGGUCUUACACCUCUCCACUGUGCUGCACGGUCAGGUCAUGACCAAGUGGUAGACAUACUUCUAGAAAAUAAAGCACCAAUUAGAUCAAAAACAAAGAAUGGCUUGGCUCCAUUGCACAUGGCAGCCCAAGGAGAUCAUGUGGAUGCAGCUCGUAUUCUUCUCUAUCACCGUGCACCAGUAGAUGAUGUUACUGUGGACUAUCUCACAGCACUCCAUGUUGCUGCACAUUGUGGCCAUGUGCGUGUUGCUAAGUUACUUUUGGAUAGAAAAGCAGAUCCAAAUGCUCGGGCAUUAAAUGGAUUCACUCCAUUACACAUUGCCUGCAAGAAAAAUCGCAUUAAAGUGGUAGAGUUACUAUUAAAAUAUGGAGCCUCUAUUGAAGCAACCACUGAGUCAGGACUAACUCCAUUGCAUGUUGCAAGUUUUAUGGGAUGUAUGAAUAUUGUUAUUUACUUGCUGCAACAUAAUGCCAAUCCUGACAUUCCAACUGUGCGUGGAGAAACUCCAUUGCAUUUGGCUGCAAGAGCAAAUCAGACAGAUAUCAUUCGUAUUCUUCUAAGGAAUGGAGCACAAGUGGAUGCCAAAGCUCGAGAGGAACAAACACCUUUGCAUGUGGCAUCACGACUUGGGAAUUUUGACAUUGUGAUGUUGCUUCUACAACAUGGGGCGUCUGUUGAUGCUACCACCAAGGAUUUGUACACGCCUUUGCACAUUGCAGCCAAGGAGGGCCAAGAAGAGGUUGCUUCAGUCCUCCUGGAAAAUGGAGCUUCAUUAACAGCUACCACCAAAAAAGGUUUUACACCACUUCACCUUGCUGCAAAAUAUGGCAAUCUUAAAGUUGCCAAACUCUUACUGCAGAAAGAUGCUCCUGUAGAUGCCCAGGGAAAGAAUGGUGUCACGCCAUUACACGUUGCCAGCCACUACGAUCAUCAAAAUGUGGCUUUGUUGUUGCUGGACAAAGGAGCUUCUCCUCAUGCUACUGCCAAGAAUGGUCACACACCUUUGCAUAUUGCUGCUCGCAAAAAUCAAAAUGGACUAACACCUCUCCAUCUCUGUGCCCAAGAAGAUAAAGUCAACGUAGCAGCCAUCCUUGUUAAGAAUGGUGCCCAGGUGGAUUCAAAGACUAAGGCUGGCUACACCCCUCUCCAUGUAGCCUCUCAUUUUGGUCAGUUGAACAUGGUGAGAUUUCUCUUGCAACAAGGUGCUGAUGUAGACACCAGUACAAAUGUUGGCUACACUCCAUUGCAUCAAGCAGCCCAGCAGGGUCACACUCUGGUUAUCUCAUUGCUUCUGGAAAACAAAGCCAAACCAAAUGCAGUUACAAACAAUGGACAAACUGCACUGUCUAUUGCUCAGAAACUUGGGUACAUCAGUGUGGUGGAGACUCUGAAGGUGGUUACUGAUGUAACUACAAUUACAACCACCCACACCACCACCAUUGAAGAGAAAUAUCGGGUGGUUGCUCCUGAGGCAAUGCAGGAAACUUUCAUGUCUGACUCUGAGGAUGAAGGAGGUGGAGACGAAGUGUUGGACAGUGCGAUGAAUGUUUAUGGGAAACCCACCCAUGCCCAACACGUCUACCUGCCUUACUACCAAGGUCAUAUGCAGUACACGCGUGAAGAUCCCAUGAUGAGUGAUCAACAGCAGUAUCGCUACAUGACAGUUGAUGACAUGAAAUCACUUGGUGAUGAUUCUCUUCAGAUUGAUGUCACCAGGGAUGAAAGAGGAGAAUCAAAUAGGCUCUCUUUAGCUCCAUCUGUUGCAGUUAGUGACAUUAUUAUUAAUCCACAACAUAUUAAGGACAAUUAUCAACAGAAUAUGAAUGUUGCCACAUAUGCUCCUGAUAAUGUGGAUAUUAAUCGCCAACCUGUUCAUGUUGGUUUUUUGGUCAGUUUCUUGGUGGAUGCACGUGGUGGUGCAAUGAGAGGAUGUCGCCAUUCAGGUGUAAGAGUGAUUGUUCCACCACGCAAAGCUGCAAUGCCUAUGCGCAUAACUUGCCGAUACUUGCGGCGUGAUAAACUUACCAAUCCACCCCCACUUAUGGAAGGAGAGGCCUUGGCAAGCAGAAUCCUUGAGCUGGGACCAGUUGGUGCAAAGUUUCUGGGUCCUGUUAUCAUUGAGGUGCCUCACUUUGCCUCUCUCCGAGGGAAAGAACGUGAAAUAGUAAUUCUGAGGUCAGAUAAUGGGGAGACAUGGAGAGAGCACACGUUGGAGGCUAGUGAAGAAGCAGUACAGGAUGUACUAAAUGAGAGUUUUGAAGGUGAAGAGAUGAGCCAACUUGAAGAUUUACACACAAAUCGCAUCACUCGCAUCUUGACAGCUGAUUUUCCACAUUACUUUGCGGUGGUGUCUCGAGUGCGGCAAGAGGUUCAUGCAAUCGGGCCUGAAGGAGGCAUGGUGUCUUCAAGUGUCGUGCCUCAAGUGCAGGCUGUUUUUCCAGCUGCUGCUCUCACUAAGAAAAUACGAGUUGGCAUUCAAGCUCAACCGAUUCCUGCUGAGUUAGCUGCAAAGUUGCUUGGGAAUCGGGUUGCUGUAUCUCCUAUUGUCACAGUGGAGCCUCGGCGACGCAAGUUCCAUAAGCCAAUUACUUUAACAAUACCUGUGCCACAAGCUGCCAAUAAAGGCAUGAUAAAUCAGUAUUCUGGAGAUGCUCCAACACUCAGACUCUUGUGUAGUAUCACAGGUGGAGCUACUAGAGCACAAUGGGAAGAUGUAACUGGCUCCACACCUCUCACUUUUGUGAAGGACUGUGUUACUUUCACUACGACAGUAUCAGCACGAUUUUGGCUUAUGGACUGUCGAAAUAUAGCUGAUGCCACAAAAAUGGCCACUGAGCUAUACCGAGAAGCUACACAUGUUCCUUUCAUGGCUAAGUUUGUUGUAUUUGCAAAACGUGUGGAUCUUCUGGAAGCACGUUUACGUGUGUUUUGUAUGACAGAUGACAAAGAAGACAAGACAUUAGAACACCAAGAGCACUUUGUUGAGGUUGCAAAGAGCAAAGAUGUUGAGGUAUUGGAAGGAAAAACACAAUACAUUGAAUUUGCUGGUAAUCUAGUACCUGUAAUGAAAUCUGGAGAGCAACUUCAGCUGGGCUUUCGUGCCUUCAAAGAAAACCGCCUCCCGUUCACAGUCCGGGUAAAGGAUCAAGAUGAAGAUACUGUUGGAAGGAUUCUCUUUAUGAAAGAACCUAAGGUGGCAAAGGGAGAACCUGCCCAAACACCCAUUUGCACCCUGAACAUUGUUCUGCCAGAUAACAUCAUACCUGAUGCAGGUCCAUCAGAGCCUGAUCUUCUGGAACUCGAACGCAACUACAGUUUCCUGCGAGAUGGAAUUAGUCACCCUGAUGCUAUCCACCGUGCUGAUAUUCGACUAUCAGACAUCAGCAACCUCUUGGGUGCUGACUGGGUGCCACUGGCCGAAGAAUUGACUGUGUCCCCCUCUGACAUCAACCUGAUCCAGAGCGGAUAUCCUGACAAUGUUCAACAACAAGCUAUGGUGAUGCUGCGACUGUGGUUGCAGACCGCAGGCAACAGAGCCACAGGAAAUAAACUGGAGAAGUCCUUGCGCAAAAUUGGUCGAGAAGACAUUGUCAACCAAUGCAUAUUCAACAUUGAAUUGGUGACAGAUGAUAUGGAACGAGCUGUUGCCAAAGUACAGUUGGAUCAAUCUGGAUUUGAUAAUCUGAGAGAAGAACUGGGACCAUCUCGAGAUGCCACUUUACGUCGCAACACUAGUGUAGAAGGACAUUUCGAUGAAAGUGACUUGAUGAAGGAAUCAGAAUCUGUAGAAGACCUUAUUAACAAUGAGGAAGAAAACAUCAAGAAAGAAUCAAUUAAUGGAGUGAGUGAAGAAGCUGGAGAUGAGCAACAAAAGUAUGCUGGAGAAGAAAAAGAACUUGGAGCUCCAAUGGAGGGUAAAACCAAUUCUGUAAAGGAAAAUGAGAAAGAAGAGAAUGAAGGUGAGCCUCCUAUACAGAAUGAGCAUGCACAUGAACAAAUCAAAUCCCAAGAAACCAUCGAAAACAACCAUAAAGCAUCUGUGCAAAUUGAUAAUCUUCAUGGCAGUGAUAUAUCUCGGCAAGUUGCUGACAUUCCAAAUAAGCAAGAAAUUCCAUCUCCACAAUUUUCUCAGACACCUCCACCAAGUCCAGCAGAGUUCCACGAUCACUUAGGAGUGGACUAUCCAGGAGAAGCUUCUCGCCUUGCUGAGUCUGAAACAUGGAGAUCAGAAGAAUUAAACAUACCUUUUCCACAGAAACUUCAUUCUGCUAACGAAGGUCUCUCAGAGGGCAGUCUGCAGCAAUUUGGGUUGCAUGUUUCUGGUUGCACUGCACCUUUACGUAGUGUUGUAGUUAGCUCGCAUGUUGACCACCUUCCCACAGGGGGUCUGCAUGAGAAGGGGAGAGCUGCGUCCACACCAAUCGUUAAGACCAUUCGCAAGCACUCAAGACCAGCACGAGACACUGUUCAAUCUGCCCCGAUGCAAGAUGUGGAGUGGGAUUUUGGAUCUGAUGAUGAAACGCAAAAUCAAGGCAACGUCUUUGUGAAGACUGUCCGAACUAUCUAUGGGGAUCCUAAUGUUUCAGAAAGCAAUUCAAGUGUACCCACUAGUAAUGUAACAGUAGAAACCAUUGCUGUUAAACACAUACCCACAUCAGCAGAGAACUUGAUUACAGUUGGAGCUACAAAUGAUGACACAGUACUCAUCAACAGUGUAUCUGAUAUAUCUGAUGUGGAUAUAUCUGAAAUUAAGUCGGAGACACCUGUCCCAGCUGUUCGCCAGAGCAUACCAUCUAAAACUGGUGAUAAGCUUUUAGACACUCUGAGUAGUGCUGAUUUGUGCUCUGCUGCCAAGGACCUUUCAGAUGCAUUCCUUCAAGAAGAACGACUCAAUUCAGAUGCAUCCUCUCCUGUGCUAGACGGAUGUCGUGUGGUUGAAUAUUCAUCUACAAUUAUUAGGGGAAACGGAGAUGUAGCUGGAAGUGAGUCCAGUAGUAGAGUGUGGCAGUCCUCAGGGACAGUGAAUAGUGAUUCUGACAGUGAGAGCCAUGGUUCACCUCUGCCAGACCGCAGACUGAUGCCUCGCCGCAAGACUUUGGGCAGCUCCAGUGGAUCUGAUGUCGCUCUGCAUGAAGGCAACGAGCUCUCGGAUGAUGACCAGCCUCCAGUUGUGAACCCAGUUUUAUUGCCUACUACAGCUGCUGUGCAUCACACCAGCUCGUGGCUUGGCAUGUGCCGACGCUGGUUCAUUCCAGCUUGCUUCCUGUUGGCUCUAUUAGCUGCUGUUGCGCUGCAUGGUUCUUCCCCAUACACUCUUGUGAUGCACCGCUACCUCCCCCAUGUCGUUGCUGCCCAUGGAUCUGAUUACUUCCAAGGGCAAGAACAGCCCAUGUUUGAAACCGUUACAACUACUGAAUAUGAUCCUGAAACACAAAGGAAAAUUGUGACUACUACACACACUCUCACAUCAGGUUCUGAGGAAAUGGCUGAUGGACUGAGGCAAUCUAUGCAAGAAAUCGUAGAUAAGUUUAUGACUGAUGAAAGACAACAACCAUAGUUUCCCAAAUUUGAUUUCCCCAUCACAGGACUUGUUUUCACUCAUUGAGUUAGCUAUUAGCUUUUCAAAUUUACCACAAUAAUUACAAAAAGGUGCUCAGGACCUGGUAUCUUUACUGUAAUAUUCUGUGUUGGGGUUUGUGCUAUUAAGUGUUCUAGCGCUAAAGUCAGAAAAUGCCUUUCCUCUGCUGCUUAUUAGUCUUUUGUGGCAGCUGUUUCUACAGGUAGUGAAAAGCAUGUAAUAUAUUGAUUGAAGAAUGAUUUGAGAGUUUAUAAUUAUGAACUCUAUUUAAAUUGAUGUUUCAAGUCUUCAGAAAGAGUGAAAUAACUUCAAAUCUUUAUCUUUUUCAUUUAUCUGAAGAGAAAUAUACAUUAUGUAAAUAUGCUAUCUCUGAAUACAUGAAGUUCUCUAUUUUGUAAAGAAAAUAUAAGCACAUACAAAUGUAUAUUUUUUCUGUAGAAAAUUAGUUUUCACUCAAUUAUUUAAAUAUAUCUAGAAGCAAAUCAUUAAUUCCAGAAUUGCACUAACAGUGGUCAUAUUUACUUACAAUGAAAUAUUUCAUUUGUGGACAUGUUAAUGUAAGCUUAAAUAAAAUAUAUAUGAUUACAUAAUAUGAACAUAUGUUUGUCCUUAUGUUGAGGUAAAUAUAUCAAUAAUUUCAGUUAAUGGAAAGCAGGUGCUGAAAAUACUGUUGCUUCUUCCAUUGCUCUGCUCCUUCAUGACUUUUCAAGAUGGUUCACGAGUUGAGUUCUCUUAAGUAGGCAAACUGUUAAUAAGAUUUUAUGACACAUCUAGGUAUCACUAGUGCAAACUCUAAUCUUUUUAUAUAAUCAGAAUGAUAUUUUGUUUUCAUUGUGCAUUGUCUAUCACAAUCAGUAUUUAAAUAGAGAAACUUAAAUUUGCUGUGUAGGGGCCUUAUUCAAAAUCUCUGUGGAAAAAUAUUUGUUUUAUUUGUUAGAUUAUAAUGUAAAUGCCAUCAAAAGAAUGUUUAGUUUAAAAAGACGUUUUAAAUGAAGUUUUGCUAUGUAACUGGUCUAAAUUUUCAUUGACUUUUAAAUGAAUAUGGACUUAUAUUAAAAUAAUUGCUGUCUCAAAAUGUUUGUAUGCUAAAUAAUAUGUCGCAUCCUACAUGUAGACAUUCCUGUCUAUAACUAUAUAGACUAUUGUUCACUAAAACCAAUGAGUGAAAACACAGUCAUACACAAUGAACAAUUGUAUUUUUUUCAUGUUUGAUAGGAAAAGCAAAGCUAAAUUAUUUAUCUAGGAUGAAUUCACAAUAUAAUUAAUUUGAACUUAGUGUGCUAGCCUGUUCGUGUAUGUUCCAAUCAGAACAAUUUUUCAGCAGUGUAUGACUGUUUUCCAGGGUUUGUGUACUGCCACUAAUAAUAUUCCAUUUUCAGGGGCCACUUUCUAUGUUUAUCUUGUUAGUGUUAUUGUUUGUGAUAGCCUUAUUAGUGCCUGCACAAAUCUUUGUAGCUUCUUUUAUUUUAAAAAUUAUUUCUCAUAAGUAAAGAAAUCCACCAAUAUUCAUAUACUAAGAAUUUUAAUGUUAACAGUUAUAAAACUUUGCUGUAAGUAAAAUUCCUCAGAUAAAAAUAUUCAUUCUGGUUGCUGUACAGUAGGACAAAUUCAAGGGGAGUGUCAAGAGUCAGAAGGCCGGAGCCCAUUUAUGGGCUGUCGCGCCAAGUACAUACAUAGUGUCAAGAGUAAGAGGAAAUUAUAUAGAGGAUCAAAGUUAAUGUAUGACAUUUUAUGCUAGAACUAGGUAAUGUUCUUGCCUCUGGAUUAAUGCCUAAAGAUAUUAGCACGUCCGACCUAAAACUACAUUAUUCAAUUGCCAAAUAUCAUAAUACUUUGUUUGUGCAUUAAAAAGAAUAAUAUAAUGAAUGUUCACAUCUUAAAUAUUGUACAAAUAUUUGUAUAUUGUAUUUUCAGACUAAACAUAAAACAUUAACUUUGAAUCUUCAUUAAAAGUACUGUAUUACUACAUUUUUCUUUUAAUACAAAGAACAACUCUGUAAUGGAAGCUACAAUUUUAAUUUUUUAAGUGCCACAUUGUUGUCUACCAUAGUUGCAUCAUCACAAUUUAAUUUAAUAAUUUUAAAAAUAUCUCGUGUUUGUAUUAGUUUGGAAGAAUUUUGGGUUGAAUUACAUAUCAAGAACAUGGUAAUUUAGUUUAGAAGUAAGUGUUCUGCAUUUCUUUUAAAGCUCGUGUAUUUUUUAUUUAUUACUUAAGCUUCUAUUUUUCAGUCACUUUGAAGUUCCAUUAUUUUGUUUUGAAAUAUUUCUUUUGUGCAAUUUCAAGUGAUGAGCUUGGAACAAAUCAUUAAUAGUAUGUGAUGUGGUGCAAGGAAACACAAUAUGUCUGCAUUUCUGUUUGUAAAUUGCAAUAAAACACACUGUGUUAUUGAUUACUCUAAUAUUUUUUAUAAAAUAAAAGUUCCUUGAAGAUCGUCAGUCUUUUAUGUUAUUGCUUGUCAUACAACUGCUUUUUAGAAUACAACUUAUGUGUUUAAUGAUAAAAAUUAAUGUAUAAUGAUAUACUUUACAUAUACAUUAGUUACACAAUGUACAUUAGGAUUUACGAUAUAUUAUAUUUUACACAAACAUGUUUCUAAUUCUUUUUCUGAAAAAGAAAACAACAGACCCCAUAAUUUGUAUACUGUAAUAUCUUUAUUCAUGGAUAUUGCAUAAAAUCAAAUAUUCUGAGUGUCAACUGGGUGAUAGUUAUGGUAUUUUCCUUUAUCUCUCAAUUACAGCUUCGAUAGAUUAAAAUACUUCGAUAAUAAUACAUUCAUGAUUUGAGUGAUUGUUCUUUUUUGAAAUACUCUCUGUUGGUAGUUGUAUUAUAACAAAGGUUGAAGGAAAUAUGAGCCAUUAGUGCAAACUUGCAUGUAGGAUGAAGUUGGUGGUUAUAAGGGUUAAUUUGGUUUGGGGUAGGGUUUGUGCUGGUGUGAUAGUGUGUAGGAAGUAUUGCAAGUUGGCAGCACUAUUGAGUUUCAACAUAAGAUCAAAUAAAGUGGGUAACUAGUUCUAUGGCAUCAUUUUUUGCUUCUAGGAGUGCGGAUCAGUUGCUCUGUUUCUCAGUACACAGCUGUGUUGGUAGAGAAGCACUUUCAGAAAUUUUAAUGUCAAUUGUCUUUGUGCUAUGAGAAAUGCAGAUGAAUAAGUGUUGAACUCCAUUGCCAACCUGGAAUGCAUUGUAGCCGUUUUUGAACAAGUCAUUAGUUUUACAUUCUGCCCUUUUAACCUCACCCUUCUCUAUAUUUUGAACACCUGUGCUCCUGCAUUUUGCUCUGCCUGUGGAAAGGUGCUCUUUGCUUCUUUUGCAGAAUUCUAAUGACCCCUGAACAACUUAUUAGCUGUGGACCAGAGGCGUAAUGUUUGGGCCCACCAUGCGGGCAGGCCCAGGUAAAAGAGGGUCUAUGUUUACACUGAAGGUUUUGUGGUUGUAAGAAAUAUUAAUUUCUUAAUACUUUCUAUAACACUUUGCAAUAUUUGGUACAAUAAAAGAUUAAGAAUUUGCUAGAGGAACACUUUCUUCCCUGGUACCUUGUGUAACCCUGUUUCUAAAUCAAAAUAAUCUGUUUGUAACAAAGGGGGCCCGGACAAACUUUUUAUGGGCUGUUCUGCACUCAUUUCAUUACACUACUGCUGUGGACAGAGGGACAGAGGUAGUUGGCUACUACUUUUAUGAAUAGUGCUAAGUGAACUGUACAAGAUGACAUAAAUGCUAUUUUGCUUUAUUUGUUUUCUUUUCAAAAGGUAUGCAAAUGUUACUUUUUUAAUAUCUCUCUCACAUCAUUAGUAAUUACAUUACUGGUGAUUGUAUUCAUUAUUGAAUUUGGAAAUAAAAGUGCUUCAAUUGAUGC